AUGCUCCGAAUACCCGAUCUCGUGUUGGACUCAAAACUUCACACACAGUUUAGUGAUUCCGCAACCAUCCAUUCCUUUCUCGAGACCGACAGGUCAGGUGAUCGAUCCUGCCGAAAAGAAUACUGGAGACAGGAAAAGCUACUUGGACGUGGAGGAUUUGGAGAGGUUCGACUGGAGAGAUGUGUUACUGCAGGAGCAAAGCAGGAUGCCCUACGGGCGGUAAAAGUCAUCAAAAAGCAGUUGAUUACUGGUAUAUCCCCGGAUUUGAAUAGAGAGUUAGAAGCGAUCGCAAAAUUCUCUCAGGACCGAUAUCAACGCUGGUUCGUAAAAUCGUUCGGAUGGUAUGAAGUCUCGAGCUCAAUCUUUAUUACUAUGGAAUACUGCCGUCAUGGUGAUCUUCAUCACUACCUCUCCAACCGACGUUCCCUACCUGCAGCAGAAGCACAACAAUUGACGUAUCAAAUACUCGAAGGUCUUCAUCAUAUGCAUGAGAAUGAUUUUGCGCAUAGAGAUCUAAAGCCCGGAAACAUCCUUAUCAAAUUAAUGCCACCAGAGAAGAAUUGGUGGGUAGUACUUGCCGACUUCGGUAUCAGUAAACGAGGCGACGAAAGCAACGAACCUACAACUGCGAUCAAAGGCACAAACGGGUUUAUGGCGCCGGAGCUACUUGGAGUUCCCAACCUUACUAGACCUAAGCAUAUCUCUGGCUUCAAAGCAGCAGAUAUGUGGGCUUUAGGAGAGAUCGCCUUUCGUAUGCUAACUGGCGAGGUCACGUUCCAGUCCCAGUGGGAGUUAAUGGAAUAUUGUCAAGGAAAGCGGACAUUCCCAUCGGAUCGGCUUCCGUCAUCCGCUCGACUUGACGGCGAAGAAUUCGUCAGCAGUCUUAUGGAAACAUUUCCUAGUAAUCGAAUGACCACAGCUCAGUGCCUCAAACAUCACUGGAUGGAGUCCCAGCACAUAAACCUUAUAGAAGAACCUACUAAGCUAAACUUGGAGCAAAACGGCUCACCGGGAUUUGCCCAAUCAGACAUGGACCGGAAUGAUUCGGCUAGAUGGUCAGACAUCUCAGCUCCUGAGUCUGAGCCCGUGCAGACAACAGCCCAACGAAGACAGGCAAAUUUGUCGGACUCGUACCAAAUGGGUUCGAGGCAGACUCAACUUAAACAGGUGCGCAUCAAUCCACCAAUCCCACAGAACCCCGGGACGAGUAAUGAAUCGUUAUUAAAACAGGACAUGGCACUGGAUGUGUCUCAGAAUAUUGUCGUGGCUUUGUCGUUGGACGGCAAGACGCUCGCGGCGGCAAGGAGGGACUACAAUGUUUGGCUCUGGGACAACUGGUCGGGCAAGGUACUAAGGACGCUUAAGGGCCAUAUUAAUUGCGUUAACGCCGUGGCCUUCUCGCCAGACGGCAAGACGCUAGCUUCGGCAUCGAACGACUACACUGUUAAGCUGUGGGACAGCCAGUCGGGCGUAGUACUAAGGACGCUCGAGGGCUAUAAGUAUUGGGUUACCGCCGUGGCCUUCUCGCCAGACGGCAAGACGCUAGCUUCGGCAUCGGACGACAACACUGUUAAGCUGUGGGAUAGCCAGUCGGGCGUAGUACUAAGGACGCUCGAGGGCCAUGAGGAUUGGGUUACCGCCGUGGCCUUCUCGCCGGACGGCAAGACGCUAGCUUCGGCAUCGGACGACUACACUGUUAAGCUGUGGGACAGCCAGUCGGGCGUAGUACUAAGGACGCUCGAGGGCCAUAAGAAUUGGGUUACCGCCGUGGCCUUCUCGCCAGACGGCAAGACGCUAGCUUCGGCAUCGAGCGACUACACUGUUAAGCUGUGGGACAGCCAGUCGGGCGUAGUACUAAGGACGCUCGAGGGCCGUAAGUAUCGGGUUGCCGCCGUGGCCUUCACGCCGGACGGCAAGACGCUAGCUUCGGCAUCGAGGGACCACGACAUUAGGCUGUGGGACAGCCAGUCGGGCGCAGUACUAAGGACGCUCGAGGGCCAUAAGAAUUGGGUUAUCGCCGUGGCCUUCUCGCCAGACGGCAAGACGCUCGUGUCGGUAUCGUGGGACCUUAAUGUCAUGCUAUGGGACGGCCGGUCGGGCGCUAGAAUACGCCAGAAUAUGCUAGAAUUGGUUUUCUAA